AUCAUCAAGCACGGUUUUGUCCGUGAUGUGUUUACUUAUACCACUCUCAUCAGGGGCCUUAUUUCCCAAGAUAUGCUUCAAGAGGCUCAGCUUUUGUUCCAGAACCUCAUCAGAUUUCAACUUAUUCAACCCGAUGUUGUUACCUAUACAACUAUCAUUGACGGCAUCUGCAAGAGAGGGAAUCCUUCUGUGACUGUUAAGUUGUUCAAAAUUAUGGAGAAGAAAGGUUGCAAGCCUAAUACGGUCACUUACAACACAAUUAUUGACUGUUUAUGUAAACAUAAGUUAGUCGAUCAAGCAUUGGGUCUUCUCCACCGAAUGACAAGGAAAGGCAUAUCCCCAAAUGUUAUAACCUACAGCUCGUUAAUUCAAGGACUGUGUGACAUUAAUCGAUGGCAUGAUGUCAAAUUAUUGCUCAAGGAGAUGGAUGUUAGGAACAUUUCUCGAGAUGUUUUUACUUACAGCAUAUUGGUUGAUGCGUAUUGCAAAGAAGGAAUGAUUGAAGAUGCGGAGGAUGUGAUAGAGUUGAUGAUUCAAAGAGGCCAUUAUCCAGAUGUAGUCACUUACAAUUCACUAAUGGAUGGAUACUGCUUGCAGGGAGAGGUUGAUAAAGCUUUAGUAGUGUUCGAAAGCAUGACUAGAAAGGGAAUAUUGCAUGAUGCUCUUAGCUAUAAUAUCCUCAUCAACGGGUACUGUAGAAAGAAGAAAGUGGACAGAGCCAUAGAUCUUUUUCAACAAAUGCCCUCUGAAGGUUUAACCCCAACUAUUCAGACUUACAGUACUAUACUGCAAGGUUUUUUUCAUGUGGGCAGGCAUGUUGAAGCACGUAAUUUUUUUAGGGAAAAGAUGAUUAACCAAGGUGUUGAGUUGGAUAAAGUGACAUGUCGUAUCUUGUUGCAUGGUCUUUGCCAGAAUUGUUAUGUAUUUGAAGCACUAUCGUUUUUUCAAAUACUAGAGUCCAGUGGGUUAGUUGCUGAUAUACAGGUUUACACUAUUCUGAUUGAUGGACUAAGCAAAAAUGGACAUCUCGAGAAUGCAAGAAGCCUUUUUGACAACCUUCCUGCGAAAGGUUUGCGACCUAAUGUCAAGACAUACACUGUGAUGAUCCAAGCAUAUUGUCAUGUAGGGUUAUUGGAUGAAGCAAAUGAACUAUUCAGGGAAAUGGAAGCUCAUUAUUGCUUGCCUAAUGAUGUCACAUACAACACACUUAUACGCUGUUGUUUACAGAAUAAUAAGUACUAUGAAGCAGAUGUACUACUAGAUGAAAUGCUUGGUCGCCGCUUUGCAGCAGAUGCAUCUACAACAUCUGUGUUACUAGACUUACUUGAAGUGCAAGAACCGGAUCCUACUCUUCUUGCCUUGCGUGAGAAGUACUUUCCGUAAGAGAGGGCCUUGCCUUUCUCUGU